UGUCCAAUUAUUGAUUUUUCAAGGGAGUUUACUAUUAGCUACCUGGCUCCAGAUGAAGAUGGUUGUCAGACGUAUUUAGCUCUGUUGUCAGACUGGGACCUAGAUGCAGCUUUUCUAGGUUCUUCAGACCCUUUUCUUCAAUUAAAAGUGGAUCUCAAACCUUUCGAAGAAGGGUUGGAAGACUGGGAUAUCAUUACUCCAAGAGACAUUCCUCAACCUCAUAUAACUGGUCCAGUUGACAAGACAUCUAUUACUGGGACCAUACUAAAUCAGGUGGAGAAAACAUUCAACAUGGUGCAGCGAGCUCUGAACAUUGGAGAAAGUGACCAAAUUCUGGAAAAUAUUAAACCAUUAAAGCAGCCAAUGACGGAUAUAGAAUUUCAUAAUUACCUGGACAGUACUGGUAGACUGGUACAACCCAAGGAGCUUCGUCUCUCUGUCUACCAAGGUGGCCUAGACCCAUCUCUGAGAAAGGUCGUUUGGAAGCACAUACUGAAUGUCUAUUCCGAAGGCCUGACAGCUAAGGAAAGGAUAAAUUACAUGAGACAGAAGAGUAUGGAAUACUCUCGGCUCUGCAGCACAUGGCAGAACAUGAUUGCAGCGGGACAGACAAAUGAUAUCAUGCAGCACAUAACAAAUAUGGUACGAAAAGAUGUUCUUCGAACUGAUCGCACUCACAAGUUUUAUGCUGGAUCUGAUGACAACAAGAAUGUUGUUUCCUUGUUUAACAUUUUAACAACGUAUUCAGUGAAUCACCCUAGUGUAUCAUAUUGUCAAGGUAUGAGUGAUCUUGCUUCUCCAAUCUUGGUAACCAUGAAGGAUGAAUCACAUGCCUAUGUUUGUUUCUGUGCCCUUAUGCAAAGACUCAAGCCAAACUUCUCACUAGAUGGUGAAGCAAUGACUUUGAAGUUUCAGCACUUAUCAGAACUACUACAACAUUACGAUCCUCAGUUCUCUGAGUAUCUACAACUGCAGGGUGCUGACGACCUUCUCUUUUGUUACCGGUGGUUGCUUCUUGAGCUAAAACGAGAGUUUGCCUUUGAUGAUGCACUUCAUAUGUUGGAGGUAUUAUGGAGCUCUCUUCCUCCAGGAGCACCAAAAGGAGAGUUACCAUUGUCUGAAGAUGAGUUCUUUCCAGUCACAUCUCAUCUGAAUGGCCGAGAAAAUCCAUACACAAAAGUGCGAGCCAUUCGUAAGCAAAAUUCUUCACGUUCUGUCUCUGGAAUGAAGUUAAUGAAAGAAGAAGACUACCAUCACAGACUGAAGUACCAUGAACCAGCUGCUAGCCAGAACCUGGGAAACUCUAGCUGCAGAAAUGAACAAUCUGGAAUUUACCCGGUAACAACUGAGAUUCCAGAUGUGGUGGAAGAAGAAUGCAGCACUGAUGACUCCCAGGAGUAUCUGCCAAUGACUACUUCCAUCACACGGGAGUUGCGUAUGGAAUUGGAAAAUCUUAAUCGCAAUUUACCAGGAUCCACACCUCCAAUUCAACGGUCGUUUACAACUGAAUCAGAUGAUCUGGACUCACCUCAUUCACAGAUUAGUCCCGAUCCUAAUUCUUGUGACUCUUGCAGCAUCUGCCGACAUAGCCCUGCUAUAGACGAAGAUACUCAUAGUUUGACCAGUGAUGACCAGUCAUCAGGAGGAGACCAAAUUCAUCGAUUCUGCAGUAUAAAAUCAAGGUCAUCAGACACCUUGGAAGUGAAUGGUGAGUGUGAUGUAGAACUAGUUUCUUCUAUUCCACAAGAGUUAGAAUUUGAACAUUUAGAAAGUACACCACGGCUAAAUUUCCAGCAUUGCAAUGGAGAAAUCCUCGAGAAUGAGGAAUCCUAUAGUAACAAUGGACUUCAGUGUUCUUGCCAUCUAAAAUCUGUUAUACCCAUCCGACUUGUUCACAGCCCUGGCCCAGAAGGUCAGCGUUGCAACAGUGACAGUUCAGACUCCUUUCCAGAAAGACAACAUGGAGAGUAUGUGGAUAAUGCGUACAGGGUCAGUUUCAACAACCAUAGUGAUGGAUAUGGUUCUGAAAGUACAGUGUCUUCAAAGGAGGAAGCAGAUGGUGAUCAAGUAGAAAAAAAUGGAUUUUUAGACUCUGGGAUGAUUGAGUCUGUAAUGACAAACUCAUGUGAAGAUGCCUUGGAAUUCAAUGGGAGAAUGAAGCAGUCACAGUUACCUCCACCAGAUGAACUAGGUGGGGGAAAUCCAUUUAUGUUGUUUUUAUGUUUGACCCUCUUGCUUCAGCAUCGUGAUACUAUAAUGAGGAACAACAUGGACUACAACGAACUAGCCAUGUACUUUGACAAAAUGGUGAGAAAGCAUAACGUUCAGAGGGUUCUACAUCAAGCUCGUUCCAUGUUUGCAGAGUAUCUGAGGAUGGGUUGGCAUGAAGAAAGUUGGGAAUCUGUGCCAGAUCCUCAAGUUUAACCAAACCAAGGAAUCGUUGCAAUUUUCAGCAGAUACUAAGCCCCGACUCGUGUAUGAGUUUGGUCCAUUGGUUAACACUUCAUAAAGUUCAUUCUUUAAAAGACCUAUUCUAAUACAAUCUUUUUUUCCUUCCAAAUUAGAAUGAAAAGCAUAAAUGUUCACGUGUGGCUUAUUAAUACUCAGUAACACGUAAGCUAAUCUCACCACAGACAUUUAUUUUCUUGGCUUUACCAAAGUAUUUUAUGUAGUAUUUUUGAAUUAAACUUCAAAACACUAGUGUACUCACACACACUAUAUAAUAAUUAAGUAUUUCAGAUCGUGAAUGUAUUAAACAAUACGAAGUUCAUUGGUAAUAGGUAAAUCUUGAUAUGUAACCCGGAUACAUUUUGUUGUCAGUAGUUACACAAGAGAGAGAAGUACCCUGCUAAUAUAAUUUUAUCAAUUGGAGAGCUAUCUAAUCCAUUUUGUUUUUGAAAUAUCAAAUUUUAUAUGACAUUGUGCAAUAUUAGUAGAGAUGUUUUUAGGAAUUGUUAAUAAUUCAUAAAUUUAUAUCUGGAUUCCUAUAAACAUUUCUGCCAACAUAAAUCGACUGCUGAGGGACUAUAUAAAAAUUCCUGCUAUAUUCUAUGAAAGUAAAAUUAUUAAUGUUUGAUUUAAAACAUUUUAAGGAUAUGGGACAUCCCAUGUUAUAUUUGUAUAAUUAAUUGUUGAACUUUACGACUGUGAUAUGAAUGAAUUGUUUGCUAAAGUAGUAGUUUUUUCAACUUAGUAAUAGAUGGUUUAAACAGACUACUUAAUUUUUAAAUUGUGUGUGUUGUAAUUAUACUAAAUUGAUUAAUUACAAAACUGUGAAUAUUAGUGUAAAUUACAAAACCAAUAAUUGUUUCUCAUGAAAAACAAACUCUAGAAAUGAUCUCUUUAAGGUAACUGAAAUGAUGUGAAAUACAUUUUACAACGACACUGCUGUCAACCUAUAGUUGAAGCAUCGUAGUAGAGCUGACUUAACUUGAAACAGUAAAUUUAUGUGAAAUAUAUUUUACAACGACAUUGCUGUCAACCUAGAGUUGAAGCAUCAUAGUAAAUGGUAUCAUUAUGAUAGUAUGUUUAUUGAAAAUAUUUAUGGUUAGAAAUCUUAACUUUAAUUAUGAUUUUGGGAGCUUUUGAAUGAUGUGAUAUUUUCAAAAUCGGUAACAUUUCUUACAAUGAGAAUGAUUUUAUAACUGGUCUAUAACACAUAUUUUUGUUCUUUUAUCAAAAUUAGCAAAGUUUUACAUUUGUUUUUGCUGAAUGAAAAACCAUAAAGAAUGUAUUUACAUCUUCCUGAUGUAUGGAAUAUUUCAGCAAUAAACGUAUUUACAUCUU